AGCACAAAAUUGAAAAUUAGUUGAAACGAGAAAUUGGCAAAUAACAAAAGCUAAAAAAACGCAUCACAAAUUAAAAGCUAAAGAGGCUGUCGCCUCUGGCAAAGCUGUUACGUAAGCAGCGAAGAGACAACGAAAGCGACAGAGCUGGCAACAUACAGGUAGACAGCGAGAGAAAGAGAGAGAACAAUAGAGAGAGAGAGAGAAAGAAAGAGACAAAAGCAAAGCUGCUUUAAGGAUUGCAUCUCGAAACGGCCAAGGGACACGCACACACACACAGCCGGAAACACGUGUGUGUGUCAUGCGCAGUGGACACUUUGGUAAUGCCAACAAAAGAGGCCACAGCAACAACAAGAAGUUAAGAGACUUUUAAGAGUAAGAGCGAGAGAGAGAGACAGACAGAGACAGAGACAGAGACAGUCAUAUAGCUAGCGAGAUGGCCUUCUCGCGACACAACAUCGAAAAGCGCCGACUCAUCGAGCUAGUUCGCCUCAAUCCCAUCUUGUGGGACUGCCGCCUGCCGCACUACAAGCGCUCCGACAAGAAGAAGGCCGUCAAAUGGAACGAGCUGGGUCGCAUGUUCAACGUGAAUGGGGAGCGGGUGCAGCGCACCUUUACCUCGUUGCGGGAGAUCUUUCGGCGCGAGCUCAAUCACGAAAAGAUGCUGGGCACAACGCGCUUCAAGUCCAAAUGGGAGUAUUACGAUGCCAUGGCCUUCCUCAAAGAGGUCAUCAGGGAGCGAAAAUCUCGUGAGCGCAUUAAGCAACCCGCUGCAGAGAGUACAAUCCACAACAACAACAACACAAACAGCAGCAAUAACAACAACAACAAUACAAAUAUCAGCAGCAACAGCAACAAUAACAACAACAACAGCAACACAAGCCGCAGCAGCAACAACAACAACGCGAACAACAACACCAACACCAACAACAGCGUAGCCCACGAUGAAUAUCAAUACUUUGCGCCCAGCGAUCCAAACAAUCCCAAUAAUCAGCCAAUCAAAGCACCUGAAAACCAGCCAAGCAUUAGCCAGUUACCUGUGGGGCUGCAGCAACAGGCGCAGCAUUUGCAGGCGCUGCAGCUGCAGCCAGAUGUGACUCUGACAUCGUUGCAGAAGGCGCCAUCAGCUGUUGUACUGCCUUUGUCUGCGGCAGCCGCACCUUGCCCCACAUCACCGGCAGCACCUGUGCAGCUGUGUGGCAGCUCCCGCUCCUGUAGCAGCUCACCUUCGAUUUACAUCAAGGACGAACCCGAUUCGCCUGACUUGCAAGAGCUGCCCGAUGAGACGAAUACCAGUCGAUCCGCCCAGAAGUCGCGGCCACAUUCCAAAUUGGCCACGAUACGACCGCAGACAAAGCAGCAGCUGAAAGCACGUCUACAGGUAGCCAAAGGUGGGCUGUAUGCCACGCCUCCGCCACAUUUGAUUAUCAAUACAAACAACGAGCUGAUCGAUGUGGAUGCUGGUGAUCUGGACGACGACGACGACGAUCUGGAGUACGAUGACGACGACGAUGAUGACGAUAUCGAUACUAAUCAUCGUGGUGACUGCCCGCCCAAUGCAAAUAUUAGUAUGCUGGGUGCAGGCGGGCGACUCUCACCUGGCAGCAGCUUCACAGGUGCCGGCGCUGCCAGUACACGGCAUCAGCCCACGCACCGAGAGCUGCUCUACAUAAAAUUUGGUGAUUUUCUUGCCGCACGACUGAAUACCCUGCACGAAACUGUUGCCAACGAGUUGAUGAACAAAAUUUUACUGCUAAUUGCUGAGAAGUGAAUGGAGAGAGGAACAAGAGGACCAGCAACUGGUCAAGUGGAACAAGAGAUCAAAUCCGUGCUAAAUAGUUGAACUGAAGCAAAGGUCGAAGCAAAAUUGUUUAGCAACAAAACAAAAAUGAGUCUGUGAAUGUGCCAUAGAAGACAUUUGAAUAAUGUAUUAAUAAAUUUAUGAU